AUGGACAAAGAAUCCAAGGCCUCUGAGCGCGCAAAGGCCGACAAGGCCGACAAGUCUGAGGCAAAAGAUCGCGUCAAGGAUCAUGGAACGGGCACCACCAAUUCCAAGAGCCCAAAGAAGCGCCGUAAGGUUAAUCAUGCGUGUGUAUAUUGCCGGAGAUCAGUAAGUUCAUCAUCACAAAUCGUGUACUUUGUGACGGAUGAUGAUGACGCCCACAAAAUGAACCACCUCCCCACGGUUGUGCGCCGGAUGCUGGGCAGUCCCCCAUCUGUGUUCCUCAAAUGGCUCGUUGGGAUCCACAUGACCUGCGACCUUGAGCGGCCAUGUACCAGGUGUAUCAAGCGUAACAUAGGCCACCUUUGCCAUGACGAGCCUCGUGACGCGGACGCAAAGAAACUGAAGAAUGGCAAGACUUCUUCAGCUCCACUGGACGAGACUGAUACGCACUCACAAGCCCCAUCAGACGUGGCCCGCAGCUCAAUAUCCAGUACCAUGGGACCCCCGUCCUUUGACGGCAUGCGGCAGCGCUCUGCAUCGGGAUUUGGUGCCGGAGGUGUUCUAGGCCAAGGAAAUGCAAUGCCCCUGGUGACACCGGGUGCAGGCUCAGGCUUGCAAGGGAACGGCCUAAACAACAGUGGGACAGGGAAUGCGAAUCAAUUCUCUGGAAUUUCAGAUGCUUGGCUUACUGCACAGAACUUCAAUGACAUGAAUUCUUACAAUCCAAACUACAUGAUUGCUCCGCAGGUUACACAUGAGUUCAACCUACUCAACGACUUUCUCCACAACGGAUUGCUAGAUGAUACCAACCUGACGGGAGACGAGACUAGACAGCUUGCCUCUCUCGGACGGUCAGGACAGUCUGACAUGUUGUCAGGGUUCGGAAACAACACUGGCCUUUCGGCCGGCAGUUCAGGGCCUUCGACGAACCUUCAAGGGAAUUUGAUGCCUCCUCCACCAAAAGAGGCCAAAGGAGGCAAGCGAUCAGGGAACUCGGCUGCCGAUAAAACUCGCGAAUAUUACCUUCAGGCUGCUGAUCCGUCUGGGAACGAAACGGGCGAAGAUCGUAUGGCACGUGUGCUGCGUGCGAAAUAUGACGCCGGUUUGCUCAAGCCGUUCAAUUAUAUCAACGGAUAUGCUCGUCUAGGAAAGUACUUGGAUGGUCAUAUAGCACCAUCCUCGAAGCAGAAAAUUCUGCGAACCAUUAACCAGUUUCGGCCGAAGUUCAGAGAGAAGGCCCAAGGGCUGACGGAUAUGCAACUUAUCAUCGUUGAAAUGUGGUUUGAGAAGCAGUUGAUGGACUAUGACCGUGUAUUCGCGUCCAUGGCGGUUCCAGCCUGCUGUUGGAGGAGAACCGGCGAGAUUUUCAGGGGGAAUAAGGAGAUGGCGGAGCUCAUCAACGUUCCUGUCGAUCAGCUGCGAGAUAUUGCCUUGCAUGAGAUUCUGACCGAGGAAUCCAUGGUUAGAUACUGGGAAGAAUUCGGCACCAUCGCCUUCGACCCAGCUCACGAUACGUUAUUAACAGCAUGUUCAUUAAAAAACCCGAGCGACACGUCCGACCACCCUGUCGUGAAGUGUUGCUUUUCGUUUACGAUUCGUCGUGAUGAGCACAAAUUACCCGCCCUGAUUGUGGGCAAUUUCUUGCCUCACGACCCUCCGCCAAAUUAA